AUGGUUCAGCUAUUUGAUGCAAGCUUCUUCAAUAUCAAACCAGUCGAGGCUCACUCGAUUGACCCCCCGCAUCGGAUCCUUCUGGGGGUGGUAUAUGAGUCGUUGGAGAGCGCUGGUCAGUCGAUCGAAGCGCUGGCAAAAUCGCAGACCGGUGUCUAUGUCGGCGUCAUGUGCGACGACUUUAUGCAGCAUGUUCGGCGAGACAUAGACAUUAUGCCCGUGUAUGUGGCAACCGGAACGGCUAGGAGCCUUAUAUCCAAUCGAAUCUCGUACUUUUUCGAUUAG